AUGACAAAGUUAUUGGUAUAUAUUGCUUUUAUCAUUUAUUGUGGCCAAGCUGGUAACCAAGCAAGACAAGGAAAUGGAGAGACCGCGGAGAUUAUCACAGAUUAUAAAGUUGACAAGUUAUGGAAUGAUGGCUCAUUAAUACAAACGAGGCAAGUGGAAGAAUUAAUACUGUCGAAUUGUGAUAGAAUGGAAGAUGGAAGAGUGUCUAUUUUGGAAGAGAAACCAUUGCUGUUUGUGCGAAACACUCUUAAUUUGAUAAAGUGA